ACCUUCACAAUUGAAGCCCGGAAUGGGGUGUCACCGUACAGCCAACACCGCAGCGUGGCCACUGCCACCAUCAGCGUCAACCAGACGGAGCCACCCCGGGUGACAUCGGUGAGCCUGGAUGGACGGACAUCCACCAGCUUGGUCCUCUCCUGGACGGUGCCACCACGGCAGCAGAGUCGGGUCUGGAAGUACGAGGUCACCUACAGCAAGAAGGUGGAUGAGAACAGCUACUCGGUGCUGCGCUGCGAGGGCACCUCCGUCACCCUCCCCAAGCUGUCCCCUGCCACCACCUACGUGGUGCGGGUCCAGGCGCUCACCUCGGAUGGCCACGGGGCCUACAGCCCCCAGCACGAGUUCGAGACCCUGCCCGAGGGCGCCGAGGCCAUGGCAUCCGCCACCGUCAUCAGCGGCUCCAUCGCUGGUGUCUUCUUUGUGCUCCUGCUCUUGGCUGCUCUCCUCUAUGUCCUCCGGCGGAGGAGGAGGUCACGGCCACGCCAGUCCUCUGAGGACGUCUACUUCUCCAAGUCAGACCAGCUGAAGCCCCUCAAGACCUAUGUUGACCCUCACACCUAUGAGGACCCCAACCAAGCCAUGCUCAAAUUCACCACUGAGAUCCCUCCAUCCUUCAUCACCCGCCAGAAGGUCAUCGGUGCCGGUGAAUUUGGGGAGGUCUAUAAGGGGACCCUGAAGCGUGGCAAGAAGGAGGUGCCGGUGGCCAUCAAGACCUUGAAGGUGGGCUACACGGAGAAGCAACGGGUGGACUUCUUGAGCGAAGCCACCAUCAUGGGCCAGUUCUGCCACCACAACAUCAUCCGCCUGGAAGGGGUCGUCUCCAAGUACAAACCCUUCAUGAUCAUCACAGAGUACAUGGAGAAUGGCGCGUUGGACAAGUUCCUGCGGGAAAAAGAAGGGGAAUUUGGUGUCAUCCAGCUGGUGGGGAUGCUGAGGGGCAUCGCUGCCGGCAUGAAGUACUUGGCCAACAUGAAUUACGUCCACCGGGAUCUGGCCGCCCGGAAUAUCUUGGUGAACAGCAACCUGGUGUGCAAAGUGUCGGAUUUUGGCCUUUCCAGAGUGUUGGAAGAUGACCCUGAAGCCACCUACACCACCAGCGGUGGGAAGAUCCCCAUCCGUUGGACAGCACCUGAAGCCAUCUCCUUCCGCAAGUUCACCUCCGCCAGCGAUGUCUGGAGCUACGGCAUCGUCAUGUGGGAGGUGAUGUCUUAUGGAGAGAGACCCUACUGGGAGCUCUCAAACCACGAGGUGAUGAAGGCCAUCAACGAGGGCUUCCGCCUGCCCGCGCCGCUGGACUGCCCCUCGGCCAUCUACCAGCUGAUGAUGCAGUGCUGGCAGCAGGAGCGCUCCCGGCGCCCCAAGUUCGCCGACGUCGUCAGCAUCCUGGACAAGCUCAUCCGCGCCCCCGAGUCCCUCAAGGCGCUGGCGGACUUCGACCCCAGGGUCUCCAUCCGCCUGCCCAGCACCAGUGGCUCCGAGGGCAUUCCCUUCCGCUCCGUCCCGGAGUGGCUGGAAUCCAUCCGGAUGCCCCAGUACACAGAGCACUUCAUGGCCUCGGGCUACAGCACCAUUGAGAAGGUCCUGCAGAUGACCAGCGAUGACAUCAAGAAGGUCGGUGUGCGGCUGCCGGGGCACCAGAAGCGCAUCGCCUACAGCCUGCUGGGGCUGCAGGAGCAGGCCAGCGCCGGGGGGGGCCCCCUCUGA